UUUCGUUCGCGCCUUCGUUUCUUUCGUCUGAAAACGGAGACUGGGGUCGAUUGUGGCCCGUUUGCCAGGACGUUUCGCAAGGGGAACCUCACGACAUCGUUCUGCCGUGUUUUUGAGUUCCAGGCUGGUUUCUGUCGGGAGCGCCGACCGGGACAAGGUUGAGCGGUGAGGUCGCGAGGUGUUGACCGGUGGGUGGGCUUCGCCAGCCUUGUUUGUGUCAGCAACGGCCUCGCGGUCCUGAUACUGGCCGCGGCUUUACAAACUGUGGAUGGAGCGGCUGUUUUCCACUUGUCGUAGCUAGCCUACAGCUUUGACAAAUUGCCAGGUUGUGAGCAAGAAAUCUCGCUCUGUUUUUGGAGAGGGAGCGAGCCUACACAACGUUUGCGUUUGGGAUCCUCCGUUCGAUCUUGGCGUCGUAUCGCAACUAACCACCCCCCCCCCCCCAACCAUCACAACAACACAACAUGUGAACUGAUGACCCGAAGAAGACACUCGACGUGACAUUAGUCAUGAAAAUCCCUUCCUGAAAUAGACCGCGGACUGGAUCCCCUGUUUGUUGUGAUUGGGACGGCGUGGCCUGGCCAGUUGAAUCCAGACCGACCUAGCGGUGCACGGAGAUAAAAUCCAAUCCUCCCACCGCAGUCUUCUUGGAUUUCUGUUUCUUCUUCUUCAAAUCUGGCGACGACGACUCACCACAACAUGGCUUCUCGCGAGGAAUCACGCACCAAACGCAACACCAUCUACUCGUACAUCCCGUGUGCGGAAAACGACGUACAGGACUGGAACUCCUACGGUGCUACCCCGGGAAAGAGACCGAAGCUGAUCCCAGGGGCGUCCUGCCAAGCCCUACGGACCGCCGUGUCCAACUUGGCCCGCCUAGACGACUUCGUCUGCGACAAGAUAGGCUCAGGAUUCUUCUCAGACGUCUUCAAGGUGACCCACAGAGUGACAGGACAAGUCAUGGUGCUGAAGAUGAACACCAACAGCAGUAACAGGCCCAACAUGCUACGGGAGGUACAACUCAUGAACAGACUGUCUCACCCCAACAUACUCAGAUUCAUGGGAGUGUGUGUCCACGAAGGCCAGUUGCAUGCACUGACUGAGUACAUGAACAGCGGGAGUCUAGAAGAACUGCUGGACGGACCAGAGUACCUGUCCUGGGUCACCAGGGUCAAACUGGCACUGGACAUCGCACGGGGCAUGGCGUACCUGCACUCCAGAGGGGUGUUUCACAGGGACCUCACUUCUAAGAACUGUUUGAUUCGGACCCAAGAUGACAGCUCCUACAUGGCAGUGGUGGGAGACUUUGGUUUAGCCGAGAAAAUCCCAGACCCAAAUGACAGUGUCCACCUGUCCAUCGUUGGCUCACCCUACUGGAUGGCACCUGAAUGUCUAAGAAGCCAGAGAUAUAAUGAAAAGGCUGAUGUCUUCUCCUUUGGGAUUGUGCUGUGUGAGAUCAUUGCCAGAGUGCCUGCUGAUCCGGACUAUCUCCCUCGGACAGAGAACUUUGGGCUGGACUACAAUGCCUUCACAGACAUGUGUGGAGACUGCCCCUCCGCCUUCCUGCAGCUGGCCUUCAACUGUUGCAAUGUGGACGUGUCCCUUCGUCCAUCCUUUGAAGAGCUGGUGCCACAGCUGGAGACUGUCCUGUCUCGGCUGGAGAAGGAGGAGGAGGAGCAUGCCCAGCAGCUGGGCAACGACACGGUCGCUAUACAGGUGGUCGACGGGGAGGAGCACUGCGAGGAAGAGAUUGUCCUCACGGAGAAAGCUGGAUACAUGAAUGGUAAUGUUACCAUGGGUCUGAAGAGGUCAAAGCCAGUCUUCAACUGCCCUCUGCCGACAAAGUCUCCACGUCCGCGACGCAAGGUCAACCUUUCCCGCAGCGUGUCAGACAUUUCGGACUGGGAGAGGAAGAACAGUUCCAUCGAGGACUUGUGCGUUUCCGACCCGUACUACACCCCCAAACGGACUUCCUCGCGAGUCAACCCCUUCAGCACGAUAGAACACUUGAAAGGAGGGAGAACGAAGCUUCUCGACAACCCCAGCCCGUCCGUUCUGUCCCUGGCGUUCGAUCUCCCGUCGCCAUCGGACGCCCCGACGCCGCCGUGUACACCAGUGGAGACUGUGGAGACCGUUGCAGAGAACCUCCUGCCCCCGUACCUCUCCCCAAAGGGUUCGCGGUCCCUCCCCGCGUCCCCCAUCAUGGGACGGAGGGCCUUCAUGAACGUUCUGAAUGUGGACAGCGAGGACGUGCUCGGGACGUCCCUCGACAGGACAUUUCUGAACAAGUCGAAACAACCCGCGUCAUCGGCAACAAAACCUUCGCCGCUGAACAGUAGUACUACGACGCAGGACGGCGGCACGCCGUGCCGAGGGUUUGAAUCAUUCCAGUUCUCCCCGAUCGUGCCUGCUCCGGGCCUGGACGUGCGCGACAGACAGCUCUCCAGCGACUCCAGUCUAAGUGAGGAGGAAGAGAUGGAACAGAGCAUGUCGCAUUUAGAAAUCCCGCGGGAGGACGACAGAAGUCUUAGCAACUCCGGCAAGGCCAAGCCCAAGCCGGAUGUGGACAAGGAGUUCAUAACCUACACGGAAAACAUUCAGAGACUCGUCAAGAAUUGUCAGCAGUUGUCUCCCGAUCCUCUCACUCCGCCCAACUCGGCUGGCUCGUCGGACAGUGGCUUUGGCAAGCCCAACGGCUACAGCUUCGAGUCACAAUAGAAGACAUGGAAGACAAAAGACUUUGACAGUGCAAGUUCUCUCAGAGCUGCACUUCUAGAGACUCUUGCAAGGUGGCACUUCUGACUGGUGGAAGGCACCAUUUGAAAAGCCAGACUGCACAGGGUAUGAUAAUGUUGAAACGUGAAACUCAAAGGUCUAAGAGGUCUGGCUUGGAAGAGAACUAAAUGGCUGUGCCAUGUAACUUAUACAGUGUGAAAGCAAUCGAAAGAAUAAGUUGAGGUAAAUGUAAAAAUACCCUGCGAAGCUAAGCGGUUACUGUGUGUACCAUGAGAGAAAGAUAAUUUGAAGGAAAAGCCAGUGGUAAGAAGUUUUGAAGCAAUAAAAGUAACAUCAGAGAAGCAGCUAGAUACUUAAAGCAGAAGGCCAGAACCCUCAAGUGAGCAAAACUUGUAUAAUAGGAAAAACACCUUCAAAAGGUGGUGUAUGCUUGCUGUAUAUUUUGUUCCAAUAUGUGCAUAUUUGCCUUGCUUGUAAUUUUUCUCAGCUUAAAGAGACAAAAAUAUCAAACACUUUGUUCUGUUGCAAUAUUGUUGAAUAAUAUGACAGCCUUUUUUUGCUGCCAAAAGCUUAUACAUAACCGCUGUUUAUACCAAAGACUGGCUUGUACGAUAUGAUUCGAAUUAUACUUGAAGCUGUUGAUAACUUAUGUCAGUUUAUCCAUAAGAAUAGUAAUGAAUUUCAGAUGUUAAUGUUACGAGAUGAUUAUUUGGAGCGUUAAGUUCAAGGCGCUAUCAUUGAAUGUUGCACUGUCUGGUUACACGAUGCACUGUUAGUAAUUAUUUAUUCAUAUUAUAGUUCAUGGAAUGUUUUUUUCAAGGGGUAACUGUACAUUAUGAUGUGAUUCCGUGAGUCCGACUACCAGUAUUAAAAAUCAACCCUUAUUUAUAUGUUGAAUAUUUUUCCAUGUUGCACUAUACUUGUACUUGGUCUACUUAAUAAUCUUGUUUGUAAUUUCAUGCUAUAAAAGACACUGGAUGUUACCAUAGACUGCUUGUAGCAAUUGAAGACAACUCAAAACAGCUCAGCAUUUGGAAAAGCAGUCUAAAUUUUUGCUUGAAUAUUUUUCAUGAAUUUUUUUUCUGAAGUACAGUUACCCUUUUUCUGAUCUUUCAUAAAUGAUUGAGAUUUAGAAAUCUGAUUUGAGCCAAUGCAUGUACUUUUCAUUUCUUUGUUGAACCAUGAUGAACGAAAAGAAGAAUGAUAUGAAAAUCUUAUUUGAUUUAAGAUUUGUACGAGACUUCCCAUGUUCAAGGGAAAGUGGAUUUGAAGGAGAAUUUUGUUUUGUUGCCAUGUUACAAGUUUGUCCAGUCAUACUGACCUGACUAGCAGCAUUGGGAAGUAGUUAGAAAAAUGCCUCCACCCUUGAGGUGGCGCCAAAAAAGCAUUGGUUACUUACUGUUCAAAUUGAUUUGCCUGAUAUUUGAUUUCAGUUGCACUUCUUACCAAUCAAAAUGGAAUAAUCUAAUUUUGCCAUAUAUCCAAAUUACGUUCAAUUU